CCAAAACUUCCGUUGCAAAACACAUCACAUAGAGUACACAUUUCUGCAACGCUCUCCUAGAAACGCUCGGCACACUCGCCACCGUUGCAAUGGGCGACGUCCCCGAACUCACCCACGAACUCUCGAGUUUGAAGAUCCCCGAUGCGAAGACGAUUGAAAUAUCACCCCACCUGAGCUUGCAGCCCCCACUUUCUCGACGAGGACGCGGGCCGGGCCUGAUUUUAGUGCUCAACCACUAUGCAUUGCUUGAGAAGAGCAAAAGCAGUCUUGAUCCACCACCAUUGCUGAAAUGGGCUGAGGAGGGAUUUGCAGUCGCGCAAGUUUUGGUGCCUGGAAAGCCGGAUGAAUUUCCUCUGCAACAGGCGGUUGAUGAGCUGAGGAAGUUGGAAGGAUGCGAGGAGGGCGGGUUUGGGUUGAUAUCAUACCUCCGCAGACUCCCCUUUUAUAUUGAAGAACCCGCCUGUCUCUGCCCAGACAUCAAAGCCAUAAUAUCCUACUCUUUUAAACCCUUCCGCUCCAUCGACCCCUCCCACAAUACCCUUCCAGCUCAACUCCUCCACAUCUCCGGCAAACCAGCGCCUCGACGCGAGUCUAUUUCUGUGGUACCCGACGAUGAAGUGACCUCCAGCCAACCUUGUGAAUCCCAAGGCGAAGUCAAGCAAUUUCGCUACGUCGAUGCGAAUGAGGGGUUGUGGAUGCUUCCGGCCGAUGAGAGCUAUCACGCGAGUUCAGCGAAUCUAUCGCAUUCGCGUAGUUUGUCAUUCCUCAAGCCCUUGUUGGGGGGCCCUUACUUCAACCUCGAAGCUAUCUGGGAUGAGCAUUGUAGGUUUGAGUUUGUGGAGCGAGAUGUUGAGAAAACCAUGGCAACCAUGGUCGCAGAACCAUAUGUCAACCAUAUCCCUACAAUGACAGGUGGAAUUGGCAAAGACCGCCUAACAGCCUUCUACACUCACCACUUCAUAUUCUCAAACCCAGCCGAUACAAAACUCGAACUCGUAUCCCGGACAGUAGGUAUCGACCGCGUUAUCGAUGAAUUUGUGUUUAAAUGCACGCAUAAUCGCGUAAUUGAUUGGCUUCUCCCAUCCAUCCCCCCAACCAACCUUCCCCUGGCCAUCCCCUUCACAUCCAUCAUCAACAUCCGCGGCGACCGCCUCUACCACGAGCAUAUUUCCUGGGACCAAGCCACCGUGCUCUUCCAACUUGGGCUGCUACCACCCUGGCUCAAGUUUCCGUAUCCCAUUAACGGGAAACCCGCGCCAGAGGGGAAAAGAUAUGAAGUGAAGACGCCGAGUGCGGGGAAGGAGACGGCUGAGAAGUUGGUGGAGGCAUGUGGGAGCGUGGGAAGUAAUCGGUUGAUUGUGGAGGGGGAGGGGGAGGGGGGAAGGUGGAGGGAGGUUGAUGAGUGA